AGAUUUGGAAGAUUUUGAGGGAAGAGUUGACAUCAAGAAUUGCCAUUUCAACCAAACCAAUCAUCAAAGCUUUAUAUAUAAAUUCCCACUUAAAACUAUCUCUCUCCAUCUCAAUUUUCUCAUCUUCAGCAAUGGAUCAAAAUAAUGAUACCUCAAGUGGAGUAGAUGAAGCGUAUGAAGACUUGUUUCCGGUGAUGGCGCAGAAGCUCGACGUGGAGAUGUUUGUGGCCGAGCUUUGCAGCGGUUUUCGGCUGCUCUCCGACACGGCAAAAGGGUUGAUAACGGCGGAGAGUUUACGGCGAAACUCGGCGCUGUUGGGAAUGGAAGGGAUGAACGAGCACGAAGCGGAGUCGAUGGUGAGGGAAGGAGAUCUUGAUGGUGAUGGAGCUCUCAAUGAAAUGGAAUUUUGUAUUUUGAUGGUGAGACUUAGUCCAGGAAUGAUGGAGGAUGCUGAGGCUUGGCUUCAGAAGGCAAUUGAUGAAGAGCUAAGUAAAUCUUAGUGAUUUUAUAUUCUUGUCUUUGUAAAUUUCUUGAACUGUAAUAAACUCAAAUAAUUAACAGUGUAGUUUGUUGUUUAAUGGUUUAAUUAUAUGAGAGAAGAUUUGUGAUCUCAUGCCAUAUUGACUAAGAACAUGAUCUAUUUGUAGUUUAAUUUGUAUUAUCAUACAUGAAGAAAAGUAUUUAGGUUAGAGUCUAUAUCUA